GGAAAGCACCGAAAAAAGGCGAAAGAGCGAAAAGGCCAUUUCUUUCUUCUAACAAGAAUCAAAUUUCUUCAACUUUAAUUACCCUCGCUUUUUUUUAAAAAAAAAAAUUAUACAAGCGCUUAACAAUUUCCACUUGUUAACUUCACUCUACGUACAUACCUACCAAGGUACCUCCUAUCAACUCGACAUGUCAUUUCCUUUCAUAUAGUCUCUCUCCUCUUUCUAUAACUCAAGCUGGUAAGAAGCUACUACAAAGAUGCCAUCACAGCUAGGAGCUGCUAGAGCUCUCGCUUUACGCGUUGGUUACCAUAGCUCUCCUAGCUAUAGAACCAGACUCACAUCAUCACCUCUAUUAAGACAAAUAAGACCUACUCGUACUUGUCAAUUUAGUAUUCUAUCCCGACCGAAUUCUCCGAAACGAAACGGCCCCAUCAAAGCUAUUCAAUGGCUGUUCCCGUCGCGGCGCAUUAUGCGCGGAAUUUCUGGAAAACCCCUUCCACAAACACGAUCCGCAAUCCUUAACUUUGCUUAUCGUACAGCAGCAAUAAUUGGCACAGGAAUUGGAUUUAUAGGAGUACUAUUCGCUGCAUUUUUCGUAUAUGACGCAACAACUUAUAAGGAGUCGGUUACGUCUGGCGAUUGUCAUGUAUCUGAAGCGGCACUAUCCCCACGUCGGGGAGGACCUAAAAACCUUCCAAUCGUAGAAGCACUUCUCGACGACGACGAUAGUGAAGAAGCAAGGAGGAAGAAGGCGAAACCUCGCCUCGUUAUUUUAGGUAGCGGCUGGGGAAGCGUCGCGUUACUAAAGCAACUCAACCCCGAAGAUUACCACGUCACCGUUAUCAGUCCCAAAAACUACUUCCUAUUCACCCCUAUGUUACCAUCUGCAACUGUUGGUACCCUAGAAACGCGAAGUUUAGUCGAACCUAUUCGAAGAGUGUUAACUAAAGUCGGCGGGCACUUUCUCCGAGCCUCGGCUGAGGAUGUCGAGUUUUCGCACAAAUUAGUUGAAGUUUCGCAGAUAGACUCGAGGGGAGAGGAGGUUAGGUUCUACGUACCAUAUGACAAGCUCGUUAUCGCAGUUGGAUCCGUGACAAACACCCACGGCGUCAAGGGACUCGAAAACUGCUUCUUCCUUAAAGAUAUUAACGAUGCCCGCAUGAUUAGAAACCAAGUAAUGAAGAACUUGGAGCUUGCCUGCCUCCCAACAACACCUGACGACGAACGCAAGAGACUAUUAUCAUUUGUGAUCAGCGGUGGCGGACCCACGGGCGUUGAAUUCGCAGCUGAGCUCUAUGAUUUGUUAAACGAGGAUUUAACUAAGAGAUUUCCUCGACUCCUACGGAAUGAGAUCUCAGUCCACUUAAUACAGAGCCGAGGCCACAUUCUUAACACUUACGACGAAGAGCUUUCUAAAUAUGCCGAAGAUCGAUUUGCUCGCGAUCAGGUUGACGUACUUGUUAACUCAAGGGUUAAAGAGGUACAGAAGGACAAGAUCAUAUUUACACAAAAGAAUGACGAUGACACAAUCAUCACUAAAGAGCUUCCCACGGGAUUUUGUCUAUGGUCAACCGGCGUUACUCAAGCCGAACUGUGUCGGCGCAUUGCGACGAAACUGGGACCUGCGCAAACCAACCGCCAUGCUCUCGAAACUGAUAGUCACCUCAGACUUAAUGGUACUCCUCUAGGCGACGUCUAUGCUAUUGGGGAUUGCUCGACUGUUCAGAAUAAUGUUGCUGACAACGUCGUCACCUUCCUACGCGGACUCGCUUUCAAGCAGGGCAAAGACCCCGAAACCGUAGAGCUCCACUUCAGCGACUGGUGUGAUGUGGCAAAUGAGGUGAAGCGGCGGUUCCCGCAGGCGUCGUCACAUCUAAAACGACUGGACAAGCUAUUUGCGCAAUUCGACAAAGACCAAUCGGGAACCCUAGACUUUGGAGAGCUACGCGAAUUAUUGAAACAGAUUGAUAGCAAGCUAACAUCGCUACCGGCGACGGCACAGCGCGCUAAUCAACAAGGCAUGUAUCUAGCUAAUAAAUUCAACAAGCUAGCACAAUGUGCGCCCGGCUUGCGUGCCAACGAUAUUCGCGACGGCGACCUCGAUGCAGCUUGCUAUAAGGCUUUCGAAUAUCGCCACCUCGGAAGCCUGGCAUACAUCGGCAACAGCGCCGUGUUCGACCUCGGCGGUUGGGGUGUCAGCGGUGGCUUGUGGGCCGUGUACGCUUGGCGUAGUGUGUAUUUCGCACAGAGCGUAGGGGUCAGGACGAGGGUGCUAAUGGCGAUGGACUGGGCUAAGCGGGGCCUGUUCGGACGAGAUCUCGUGAGCUUCUAACUAAACUAAUACUUCUGGAAAAGACGAAGAUGGCCUCAGGUUAGGCUAAGGAGUUACACUUUUUGUGAUGAGUUAUAUCAAAAGGUACCUAGCUUAACCUUUAUAAAGGACAAAAUAGACCGGGGCUUUCUUGGUGAGGAUGGGAAAAUGUGUAUAGCCUUUACGAAGUUAUGUACCUUAGAAGAUAGAGCCUCAAGGGACCAGGAUUAGUGCUAAUAUAAAUGAGAUAUACCCGUUUUGAUCAAUUA